AUAAAUAUCAUCUAAAGCACACUAUUGAAGAUUAUCAUUUGAAACAGAAAACAUUAUGUAUAUGCAGAGUAAAAAUGGCUUCAAAUUAAACAGUCUGAAAAUUGGAAAGAAAUAUGUGUACAUACAUAUAUAAUAUUUAUAAAGUUGAUAGCUCUGUUUGGCAAUCAGAAUCCAAUCACUGUGAUCUCAGAUCUGAGUAAGAAGAACAACUAGGGGAUUGGACCCAUUUUCAUCAAUGAUCAUGAUUUUCAGACAAGAUAGAAAAAUGGCCCAAUGCUCCUUUGUGGAGUAGGAACUAGGUGAUGUGUAAUAAAUUUGGUGUAGUCGUCUAUCAUGUACCAUUUGCUGGAGUUGUGGAAGGUGUGAGACCCACUGUGUUUGUUUUUGAAUCUUUGUCCAGUUCUCUGAAAAUCUGUGAGAAAUAAAUAAAUAAAAUAACAAAAUCUUUGUCUCAAAACUAGAAGGGGGGAGUGGGAUUGAAUUGCUUGUUGAAUGUUCAACAACAGGCAAGGGGCAACAGUUAUAUUCCUAUUUGUGAUUUGCUAUUAAAGUUUCUCUUCUCUUCUCUGCUCCCCAUUACAACAAACCACCAAAGUGUCAUCAUUUAAGCCUCAUCUUUCUCUCCACCUUUUGAUGUUUUAGGUUUGCUUUUCUUUCUUUCUUUUGGUCUCUCUCUCUCUCUCUCUCUCUCUCUCUCUCUCUCUCUCUCUUGUUGAAUAAACUCUUUUGCUUGGUAGGUUGUGCCGUUGAGGUAGAUGGGCCCUGAACUCCACUGAUACAUUUUAAUGGGACUCUUUCUCCUCUUUCAGUGCUCUCUUUGCCCCCAUUUUUUGUGCUGUCUCGCAUCUUAUGUUUUCUUUUCCUUUCCCUUUCCUCUUUUGAGUUCUUAAUACCAAAAAGAUAAGAUUCUGGGGUUUCUGUUUUCUCCAUUUUGAGUCCAUGGCAAGUCGUGUUAUGGUGUAUUUGGGUUUUUGAUUUCACGCAUGGGUUUUGGAGAUUACCUGUUUAAAAUGUUGGAUUUGGAUGGUAAUCACAAAUUUUGACUGAUUCUGGUUUUUGAGCUCCGAACUCCCCCUUCAUAUUGCAAAUUCACUUUUUUUUUUCUUUUGAUAGAUUGUUGAGGUGUUUGAUCGUUAAGCUUUAGGUGUGUUUAUAUUUAAGAUUUUCAUUCAAGCUGUGGAUUUUGGAAAGAUUAAAAGUUAGCCCCUUUUGAUUUUGGUUCAUAAGAAACGAUUCCUUAAUCUGUAUAGAUCUCUGAGAUGGCUGUUUUGAAAAUGGAAAAUCUUUGAAGUGAAAUGAUGACGAUAGUGAAACUUGUUUAUUUGUAGUUGAUGUUUUGUUGGGUGGAAGAAUGAUGAUUGAGAGAUAGGGCUUGAUUCUGGAGGUUGGGUUGUGGGUGAAUUUGGUGUUGGCUAGUUGUUGUUGAACCAGGAAAGCAUGGAUAGAAUGAUUCAACCUCCAUUGGUUGAUACAACAGCUUGUUUAUGUAGAGUGGAUGCUGGACUCAAAACUGUUGCUGGAGCCAAAAGAUAUGUACCUGGUACAAAGCUGUGUCUCCAACCUGAUAUUAAACCAUCCAUUCAUCCGACAAGGAGCAAGGCAACACGUGGUGAUAGGAGCCGUAACCAGUCUCCUCUGCUCCCUGGACUCCCUGAUGAUCUUGCUAUUGCUUGCCUAAUACGUGUCCCACGGGUUGAGCACAGAAAGCUCCGCCUGGUCUGCAAAAGAUGGUAUAGACUUUUGUCUGGUAACUUCUUUUAUUCACUCCGUAAGAGCCUUGGAAUUGCUGAAGAAUGGAUAUAUGUAAUUAAGAGAGAUCGAGAUGGAAAAAUUUCUUGGCAUGCCUUUGAUCCUGUAUACCAGCUCUGGCAGCCACUUCCUCCUGUCCCUAAGGAGUACUCUGAAGCCCUUGGCUUUGGAUGUGCUGUACUCAGUGGUUGCCACCUUUAUCUAUUCGGUGGUAAGGAUCCAUUAAAAGGAUCAAUGCGACGAGUCAUAUUUUAUAGUGCUAGGACAAACAAAUGGCACCGUGCCCCAGAUAUGCUUCGUCGAAGACAUUUCUUUGGUUCGUGUGUUAUAAACAAUUGCUUGUAUGUUGCUGGUGGAGAGAAUGAAGGGGUACAUCGAUCAUUGAGGUCUGCUGAAGUCUAUGAUCCCAACAAGAAUAGAUGGUCUUAUAUUUCAGAUAUGAGCACGGCAAUGGUGCCCUUCAUUGGGGUUGUAUACGAGGGGAAGUGGUUCUUGAAGGGCCUUGGACCUCACCAACAGGUAAUGAGUGAGGUCUACCAACCUGAAACUGAUAACUGGUACCCCGUCUAUAACGGAAUGGUUGCAGGCUGGCGGAACCCAUGUACUUCCUUAAACGGCCAUCUUUAUGCUUUGGAGUGCAAGGAUGGUUGUAAGCUAAGGGUUUAUGAUGAAGUGACUGAUUCUUGGGGAAAGCAUAUUGAUAGUAGGAUUCAUCUGGGCAAUUCUCGAGCUUUAGAAGCAGCAGCUCUCAUUCCACUUAACAGGAAACUCUGCAUCAUUCGGAAUAAUAUGAGUGUAUCUUUGGUCGAUGUUACAAAAUCCGACGAUCUGAGGGGAGCUACAGCUGAACAUUUAUGGGAAACCAUAGCAGGGAAGGGUCAGUUCAAGACCUUGUUUACAAAUCUUUGGUCUAGCCUUGCUGGGCGGAACCGGCUGAAAAGCCACAUUGUUCACUGCCAGGUUCUCCAAGCUUGAUUGUAAAUUUUGUUUUCCAAUAUAGGGUUGGGCUCAGUAGCUGAAGCCUCUUGGUAUCUCUUGGAAUGUGAUGGGGUUGAAGAUCCAGCAGCUUUGUCAAAGUCAAAGGAUCGGAUACACCAUUAAGGUAUGAAGGUGAUAUUAAUGAGGAAUUGUGGUUUUGCUAGAUUUGGUAGGAGUAUAAACAUUUAUAUAAAUACAUCGUUGUUACAUUACAUGUAGAAAGUUGAAAAAGCUUGUUCAUCACUUCUUUCACAAAUUUUUCAACAUAAUCAACAUGUAUUUUAAAUGUACAAGAGAUCCUGAACCCACUAUGGUUUUGUGCCAUAAUAA